AUGGAGGGCUUCACCUGGAUGAAACUCCUCCUUGACCCAUCCGAAACGACCAAAUUCGACGAUCCAAGCCUCGGACAGAGUGAAGGCAAUGGCGUACUGGCCAGACCGCCGGGCAAGUCCGCCGUUGAUCUCUGCGCAGACUACCUCACUGAAGUCGCGAUCUUCGCCUACAGCUCGCUUGAGAAGCGGGUCACCAGAGCAAUCCUGGAGGCUACACCCAUUGAUUUUUGGUUCACGGUCCCAGCUGUAUGGAGCGACAAGGCCAAGUAUGACACCCUUCGUGCGGCCAAGAUGGCAUUCAAGCAGGCCGGAAUCGCUCUGCAUCCUGCAUCCCGAUUGUUCCUGAUUCCUGAGCCAGAGGCCGCUGCCAUUGCCACAUUGUCCCAUUUGACCAAAGGUGCUUCCGAGGUGCAAGUCAAGCCUGGAGACAGCAUUCUGAUCUGUGACUGCGGCGGUGGAACAGUGGACAUCACCUCAUACAAGAUAAAUGCCGUCCUUCCGAAACUCACUUUCGAAGAGCUUGUAGUUGGCACAGGUGGCAAAUGCGGAUCCACGUACAUUGAUCGGGAAUUCAUCAAGUGGAUGGCGGGAAAGUUCGGACCUGCUUACACCAACCUGAGCUGGGAGAAACGUGGGCCCGCAAGUCGGUUCAUGAAAGACUUCGAGGGGUUCAAGCGAAACUUCAAGACGGAGAGCUCUACUCGCUGCUGCGAGGCUCAGCUCUUCAUGAAAGGCUUGGGUGAUUCCCAUUACUAUGACGCAGACGAGAGCGCCGUCAAGAUCCACUAUGAAGACAUGAAAAUCAUGUUCGAUACAGUCGUCAAUAAGAUCAUUGCGCUGCUGAAGUCGCAGCUUGAUGCGGUGCAUGCCCACGCUGGGACUCCAGUCAAGACCAUCAUCCUCGCGGGUGGUUUCGGAGACUCCAAUUACCUGAACGAGACGCUGCGAACAUGGUGUAAGGGUGUGGAUGUCAAACUAAUCUGCCCGGAGCAUCCGCAAGCCGCAAUCGUCCGCGGGGCAGCUCUUGGUGGCCUUCAGGACAUUCAGCCAACGUCGCGUCGUGCUCGCAUGCAUUACGGGAUCGCAGUCUCGCAACCUUUCGACCCUGUCAUUCAUCAAGUGCGUGACUCCUUCGCAGAUAAGUGGGACGGCAGCCCYCGAGCCGGCUCCCAAAUUAAAUGGUCGCUUAACAAGGGUGGAAUUGUGGAUCGGUCAACCCAAAUUCAGUUCGACCUGACUUCUGACGUUUUCGACGACAACCAAGCUUCUAUCAAACACGAUGCGACAGUUUACUGCUCGAGAGCCGACGCUGCACCACGAACUACCUAUGCUCCAAGCUCUCAAGUGCUCGGUGUCAUCGGCCUCAGCUUCCGCGAUGUCAAUCUGGACGACUUCCCAGUGAAGGUGAUCAACGGACGCAACAUGCGCAGAGUCAAAGCUACCUACGUUGUCAGCUUCGGCGACCUCGGUGGGGUCCUCAAGUUCUCUGCUUCGGUUGGAUCAGUGGAGAUUGGCAACACCUCCUUCACGUUCGAUGGGCCUGGUUCGCAGCAGCAUCACACGGCCAAUACGGAAGCAGGCGAUUACAUGCCGCCUUGUGCUAUGCAAUAG